UUCGCAAGGCUGAGGAAGUUCGAACAGGCAAGUUUUUUGGAUAAUCUUUUUCUUACACGAAAGUUUAGUCUCUUUUCAAUCUUGUGCGACUUGUUGGGAGGGUGAGCCACAGAAGACGCGGCCCCUGGAACACCGUUUCCUGGAAAAGAAUGAGCCGCAGUGCCCCAUCCACUCCAUCCACUCGCUCCGGAGGAUGGAUUUCGAGGGCUUCCCACGUCUGCCAAGUUCUCUUGCUGUUAAGUUUUGCGAAACUGGUGAUUCGAUUCCAGGGGCUGGGAGCAAACAAGGAUGUGAAAGGAGAAAGCCACUCACUCGCAAACAAGCUAUGGAGCCAUGGUAUGUGGAUUCCUUGAAAAGCUCUUCCUGCGAAUCAAGGAUGUGAGCCGAGGAAGGAUCGAACUGCUGUAGUUGCCUUUGCUAGGCAUUUUGGGUAUGACUUCUGUUUGUCGCUUUUAUUCUUUCUUUCUUUCUGACCAUCAGCAUCGAAGAAGGUGGCGUAUUCUUUCUUAUGCUCUUACGAUAGAUGCUUUUCUGCAGGAAGUGUUCGAUGCUGCUGGUGUUUCGCUUGUUCUUGUCGGACCCGGCACUGUCGACCAGGCAAAAGCAUUUGUUAGCCAGACACAGUUUCCCGGAGAAGUUUAUGCCGAUCCAACCCAUGCUUCAUUUGAAGCGUUCCAAUUCGUCUCUGGCGCGUCCACCAUCUUUAAUCCCAACGCUGCUAUGCGAGUUAUGGGAGCUCAUUUAGAAGGCUAUCGACAAGACUGGAGGCUCUCUUUUGAGAAAGAUACUGUACAGAGAGGUGGCUGGUAAGGUCUCAUUUCUAGAGCAA